AUGGAAGAACCAGUAUACACACAUUGGAAGGCUUUGAAAAGAAUUCUUCGUUACCCCCAAGGAACUGUGUCACUUGGAAUGUUUUACUCAAGAGCAGAAGAUUACAAGCUGAUGGGCUACUCCGACAGCGAUUGGUAUGGAGAUAUAGACGAUCGAAAGAGUACAUCAGGAUAUGUAUUUUUCAUGGGGAAUACAACUUUCACCUGGCUCUCAAGGAAGCAACCAAUUGUAACACUAUCGACAUGCGAAGCAGAGUACGUGGCAUCAUCUUGGUGUGUAUGCCAUGCUAUAUGGCUUAGAAGACUGUUAAGCAAAUUGGAGCAGAGGCAGGAAAAUGCAACAACAGUGCAAGUCGACAACAAAUCAGCAAUCGAACUGGUAAAGAACCCAGUGAACAAUGAACGAAGCAAACACAUCGACGUUCGUUACCACUUCAUUCGAGAACAUGUAAAGAAUGGAAGCGUCAAACUAAUGCAUGUGGCAAGCAAGGACCAAGCUGCGGACAUCCUCACAAAAUCAUUAUCGAAAGAGCUAUUCGGCAGAGGGAAAAAGAUGCUAGGAAUGAUGGAUCGAAAAAGCAUUUAA